AUGGCCACUUGCAUAAAGAACUUCAACAUCUACUGGUUUGGCGCAACCCUGCUGCUAUUCUGGUUCUUCUUCAUACAUGCUCCACCAGUCUUGAUCCAAGAUCACGCAAAAGAUCGGCCUUUGUUGUGCCUUCACUUAUGCUGCGCAUUUAGCAUUUCUGUGGCUUGUAUUCACAACAGCUUACUGACACCAUCGCUUUUUGAUGGACAAGCUCAACCUUUCCAUGUUUGGGUUGGUCGAGUUGGCUUGAUCGCAGGCAUCGUGAGCUUCUGUGCCGGUGGAUACAUCGCCUGGUUUCAGCAAGAUGACUUGGGUUUUGCCACUGGUAUCACCAUUGGUGGGCUACUUCAGUUGAAUGCAGCUCGCUUGGGCUAUGGAUCAAUCCAAAGAUGCUUGGACCGAAGAUCAACCCUUCGCCUUUCUGGUUUGAUCCACACAACCAGAGCUUCAGGAUACCUGAAGGUCAAGAAACAGCUAGAGGGAGACAAGGAGAAUGGCGAGUUGAAGCAGCAAAAGGAUGCUGCCUUGCAGGACGGGUGGAUGCAAUACAUGUUUUCUUAA